AGAGGAGAGGGGAAGACGCUGGACCCUCAGAAUGCAUGUGGGAGAGUGCGAGAAGCAGGCACAGGGGGAACACCUAGGGUGAGCGAGGAAGAGGGAGAGAAUGUGCAUGGCCAACAGCAGAAGGCAGGGCUUAUCCCACGCUGCAAGUGGACAGUGAAUGAACGAAGAAGGAAGAGAGAGAAAGACAAGCAGGUUCUGAGACUAGAGGAACGCAGAGGAGAACGAACAGGGCAGGGGAGCUGUGGAGGAAAGCCUAUUGGAAGAAGAACAUCUAUGUGCACUGAUGCAAGGGUUUUAAAGUGCUGGAGACAAGCUUGGCAGACUGGGAGCAAGCGCAAGAAAUAAGGUCUGAAGAAGAGUAGAAAAGAAAGACGGGUAAAGAGACGUAGAGCUGGAGGGAUGGGCUGCGUGUUUAGUGAACAGUGGCGGGUGAGGGAGAAGACUUCCCAACUAUCUGACGACACCCCCAAAACACGAGACUGCGUUGAGGAUACAGAGAUCCUCAGCCUUACAGAGUUAGGAAAGGUUGAAUCACAUUCUUUCCAAGGGCAGAAGCCUAAGAAGAAACACCACUGUUCUGUGUGUGGCCAGGCCCUAGACUGUGAUGAAGCCUACUGUAAAGAAUGCAAAACUGCAGUUCGUAAUAACUGUGAAACAAAGUCAUUCCAAAACCAGAGGAACCCUCCUCCCAGGUGUGACAACGUGGAGCACGUGAUGGAGCGAGUAAUGGAGAGCCAUUACGACUUUGAUCUCAUCUACAUCACUGAGAAGAUCAUCUCACUCUUUUUCCUACCUAACCUGGAAGAACACCGUUAUCGCACCAACCUGAGGGAAGUCGCAGCCAUGUUGAAAUCUAAGCAUCAGGAUAAGUUUAUGGUCAUUAAUCUGUCCGAGAAGCGUCAUGACAUUUGCAGAUUAAACCCCAAGGUUGAGGAGUUUGGUUGGCCGGACCUACACGCCCCACCUCUGGAUAAGAUAUGCUCUGUGUGCAAGUCCAUGGAGCGCUGGCUGAACUCUGACCCCCACAAUGUCAUUGUACUUCACUGCAAGGGAAACAGAGGAAAAACAGGAGUGAUAACAGCAGCUUACAUGCACUACAGCAAGAUAUCAGCUGGGGCAGAUCAGGCUCUCACCACUGUUGCCAUGAGAAAGUUCUGUGAGGAAAAAAUCUCCUCCUCUCUACAGCCAUCUCAAAACAGAUACAUUUAUUAUUUUGCUGGGCUUCUGUCGGGCACCAUCAAGAUCAACAGCUCUCCUUUGCUCCUGUACCAGGUUCAUAUUCCAGAAUUGCCCAACUACCAGCCAGGAGGAGGUUAUGCUCCUUUUCUGAAGAUCUACCAGUCUCUGAAGUUGGUGUACACCUCAAGCAUAUACAAUAUUGAUGGCUCCAGGAACAGAACUCUCUGUAUCAGGAUAGAACCAGCUCUACAGUUGAAGGGGGAUGUUAUGGUGAAGUGUUACCACCGCCAUUCAGGUCUGUGUGAGAGAGAGUGUGUAUUUCGAGUGCAGUUUCAUACCUGCACUGUUCACGGAGCCCAGCUUUGGUUUGGGAAAAAGGAGCUGGACCAUGCGUGCACAGAUGACCGUUACCCAGAUGAUGCCACAGUAGAGCUGGUGUUUUCCCCUGGUCCAGAGCAGGCUAGAGGUAGGGAGGUAGAGAAAAAUGACCCAGGGAGGAAGGUGGGUUUCAGCUGCACAGAUCCAGUAGUACGCUGGGACUCAUAUGAAAACUUUAAUCUUUACCAUCAGGACAGCACAGAGGAUAUCUGUCACACGCGGGGUCCCCUCGACGGCAGCCUGUACGCUCAGGUGAAGAAGCGACGUGUUCCCCUCUCGAGCUCCAACAGCUGCCCGCCAACCAUCGCCCCCUCCACAGGCACCUCCAUACAGACCUUCCAGACUCUCUCUCCCAGCUCUGACUCAGGGCUCUCCUCUGCCCCCUCCGACCUUUUGGAGGAGCCACCCCCACCUCUGCCUAGUUCCCGCCCCCAGCAAGAAGGCCGUGAGAGAGACAGGGAGAAGCAGAGUGUGAGAGAGAGGGAGAGAGAAACAGCUUUACUGGGUGAUGGUGACUGCUCCCCUCUACGGGUGGAGCGUCCCUGCUGUUCCCUGCCAUACUCCCGCCCUCAAACGUGUUGUGGGCCUGACCUACCCAGCACUCGGCCCCAAGUGCUCCAUCCCAAACACCACACACUCCCGUGCAGCCACACCUCCCCGCUGUCCACCCGCCAGGUGGGGCUUCUGUGGGAGAGAGGGCGGUGUCAACCAUGCACUCAUGCAGUUCGGCCCCUUUAUGCUUACCCCUCGCAGGAACCACAUAACCACUCACCACUUACAUGCCCUACUUCUCACGCACACACACUGCCCACACAGGCCCGUCUGUUUGGCUCUGAGGAACCUUGUUCUCUCUUCCACUUCUCUGCCCACUCCCACAGCCACACCCACAUUCCACCUCCUCUAUCCUCCCACCAGUCACUGCCCCCUAGUCCUUACUGUGAGUUACGUUUCAGCUCGACUCCGCCUACUUCCUGUUCCUGCAGAGACUGCUCCCAUCUGCGGGAGGACCUUGCCCUCCACCCUCUCCGAGUGAACCAGUUUGAGGGUGUCCCUUGGCCUCCACAGGAGGGGUUUGGAUGUAGGAGAGAGGGGCCUGUGUACUGGACUAGAGACAGAAGGAUAGAGUCUCACUGCAACAGAGCUCAAGGGCCAGAGUACUGGAGCCACAGAUCAGUGAUGCCACCGAAGACAUCAUCUUAUGGACAUGGACACUGCCAUUCUGCCUCUAAACAAGACCCACCUGUUGAUUUAUCUGACCUCCUACCAGACCAUCCCUCAGGUCCAUAUCCAAGCCCCCACAGCAGUGGUUACAACAGCCCCUAUGCCCCCUGCCCCUGCUCCCCUUCCCAAGCUAGAGAGAAUCCUGACUAUGCUUCCAUGGGCCAGUCUCUGAACCUGUCUCCUAUGGCUUUCACCCCUUCCCCAAUGAGAGAGAGUUUUAGCCAGCAUCACAUUCACAGCUCUCCAUCCACUGCAGGGCAGCCCAGUCGCUAUCAAAGCCAUAUAGACACUCGGGAUGAUUCAGAAGAAAGAAUAUCCCGGAAUGGCUUAGAAAUAAAUUGCAUUGGGGCUGUCUCUCUGCAGUCCCGAGACAGUGCAGAGCCAGUGGAGCCAGGGAACACAGACCAGAGUGAAGUACCCCAAGAGGAGCCUCUUCCUCAGCAUGGCUCUGCUGGAGAUACUACUGCUCAGGAGAUGGCACUCUCCCCAGAGACUCAGACAUCUGAGAUGAAGGAUGGAGCUGUUGAGUCUGCAUCCACCACAACCCUCUUCAAUGAGCUAAGCCCAAGCUCUGAUCCACCACUCUCAUCUCUGGAUGUGGAAUCUCCUGUACUGGGCGGGCGGCGAAAAGAGAAUGACUUAGUGCCGUCUACAAGCAUCUGCCAGGCAAUGGAACAGAACAAUGAUGUGUGCCUGCUCACCAAAUCCAUCUCCAACACUCCUGGGCCUUCCUCUUGUCCUUCAGUAAGAAGCUCCUCCUCUGAGAUUCCUUUACUGAGAUUGACCCCUGUGACUGAUAGAGCUUCAUCCAAUGAAGAGGGCAGUACCAGUGAUUUGAGAAGUCCUUCCCCAGUGCCUGAUGGUUAUGCCACACCUUCAUUUCCUUUAGCUUCAUCCAGCUACCCUCUUCUAGCUGUGCCUCAUGUUCCAUACACAGGGUACACUGCUGUUACUAUUCCAGCCUCCCCUCCACAACCCCCCCUCCCUGAAAAACAGCGUGUCUCUCCUCUCCAGGACUACACCUCUCGUACAUCCUUAGUCACAGUUACUGCAGGACCUUCCAUUUCUCCCCCCCAAGUACAAGUUUCCUUUUCACCCAUGGCAGAGGAACUGCCUCCCUCAGCUAGGCCCAGAACAGCACCCUCAAGAGGCCUGGAGGAGUUGGAGAACCAUGUCAGCUCCAAGUUUGUGCAAGAUAGUUCCAAGUUCUGGUACAAGCCUGGCAUUUCCCGAGACCAGGCAAUUGCAGUUCUGAAGAAUAAGGAGCCAGGCUGUUUCCUAAUAAGGGACAGCAGCUCAUUCCAGGGCGCAUAUGGAUUGGCUCUAAAAGUGGCAACACCCCCACCACAUGCCAGAAACCAUGGCAAUGGCCACACCUCACAGUCUCAGCUGGUCAGGCACUUCCUGAUCGAGAGCGGAGCAAAAGGAGUGAAAAUCAAAGGGUGUCAGAAUGAAACAUACUUUGGCUCUCUAUCUGGUUUGGUAUAUCACCACUCCAUCAAUCCUGUCUCUCUGCCCUGCAAACUACACAUCCCAGAUAAAGAUCUUGUAGGAGAAAUGCAAGAGUUGCACAGUGGCAGUAACACCAGCACAGCUGCAGACCUUCUCAGACAGGGAGCUGCCUGUAACGUCCUCUACCUAAAUUCUGUAGACACAGAGUCCUUGACAGGUCCACAAGCUAUCUCCAAGGCAAUAAACUGCACUCAGAUCCAGGAGCCCAGUCCUUCAGCAACAGUUGUUCACUUCAAAGUAUCCACACAGGGCAUCACACUUACAGACAAUCAGCGCAGGCUGUUCUUCAGGAGACAUUACCCUAUCCAUAGUGUCACAUUCAGCAGUGUAGAUCCACAAAGUCAAAGGUGGACUAAUAAUGAUAAAAGCUCAAACAAAAUCUCUUCAUCAUUCUCUAGGAUGUUUGGUUUUGUGGCUCGGCGCAGCGGUAGCUCGGGAAAUGUAUGUCACCUGUUUGCAGAGCUUGACCCAGAACAGCCUGCUACAGCUAUCGUCAAUUUUAUCAAUAAAGUCAUGCUGGGACCACAACAGCUGCGGAAGUAAGAGAAGAGAAGAGAAGAGAAGAGAAGAGAAGAGAAGAGAAGAGAA